AUGGAGGACCUGGAGGACUCGGUGGCUUCGCUGCCUUUCGCCCCGCAGGGGGAGGAGGUGACUCAGGGCCCACGCAAGCUUGGAAGGCUGCGCAAGGCUCGGGAGGCGGCCGAGAACGCGCAGCCCAACGCAAACGCAGCCCCCGCCAGCCCGGCCCAGCCCGCUGCCAGCGAGCAGGAGGGGGAGAAGGGUGACGAUGGAAGUGAUCAGGAGCCCGGCAGCCCCGCCCGGGAGCAGCAGGAGGAAGAGGAGGCGCCGCCCUCGCCCAGCCACCAGGCACGGCUUGCGGCCGCCGCUCGCCUGCCCUGCAGCCUGACCUGCGAGGGGGAUUACUUUGAUGAGGAGGACGAGCUGGAGCAGCAGUAUGUGCGCCGCACGCAGCCGGCGCCGGCAGCCUCGGCGGACGACUCGGGAGACGAGGAGGAGGGCGGGAGAGGCGGCGGCGACAGCGAGGCGGAGGUGUCGGGUGCCAGCGGCGGCUCAGCCUCCCCCGGCGGCUCCCCCGGCACCAUGGAGCUGCUGGCCGCCGACACGCAGCGCAUCCUGCGAGAGACCGCGGCGCGCGACAGGCUGGGCAAGGGGCACAAGAUUGAGAUCAAGCCGCUGAGCAGCAUCCUGGACCGCAUCAAGCAGCGCCAGGCGCUGGCCAUUGCCAGAGCCCCAAAGCCUGCCAUGCCGGAUGUGGGCAGCUUUGAGGACAUCCUGGCGCAGGCCCGCCAGCAGGCGGCGCCGCCGGCAGCCGCCGAGCCGGCGGGUUGCGCGCCAGAUGGCGAGCAGGGGGCGGGUGGCGAGCAGCAGGGCGCGGCUGCGGGCGAGCAGGCGGCAGCGGCGGCUGGCGCUGGCGCGGAAGAGGAGCAGGCGGCAGGGGAGGAGGAUGGCAGCUGCGAUGGCGACGAUCUGCUGAUCAUGAGCUCGGAUGAGGAGGGGGGUGGGGGCGGCGACGUGCGGCUGGUGGAGCUGCCCAGCACCACCAAGAAGGCCAACCGCAUGCCCUUCAUCCGCACCCAGGAGGAUGCAUUUGAGGAUGUGCUCAUAGACGACGGAUACGACAGCGAGGAAGACUUUGAGGGAGACAAGGAGGGCGGCAGCAGCGCUGGCGGGGACAGCAGCGACAGCGAGGAGGAGGAGGAGGAGGGCAGCGAGGAGGCGGGGGGUCCUCCGUCGCCCACUGGGUCAGACGCGAGGAAGGAGGGCGAGGCAGCUGACGGCAGCCCUGCAGAGCCUGCACACGCCUCGCCAUCGCAGCAGACAGCAGGCCCAAGUGAAGGUGGUUGCCAGCGGCAGGCGGGUGCCUCACCGCCCGCCGACGGGGCUCAGCAGGGCGAGGCAGAGGUGGAGGAUGGCGAGGAGGCAGCCAAGCCCAGCAGCGCCUCUGGUGGCGACGCACCAGCGGUGGUGGUGCCCAAGCGCAACAACAAGCUGCAGCGCAUGUUUCUGGACAUGGAGGCGGAGCUCAGCGAUGAGGAGGGUGCCGCUCCCGGCAGCGAGGAUGAGGAUGAGGAUGUGGAUGACCAGGGGGAGCUGGCCGGCCUGAUUGGGCAGUCCAAGGAGACGUCCAAGGACCUCAAGCUGCGCGCCCUGCUGCACCGCCAGUGGGCCGAGCAGCAGGACGACAAGGAGCUGCAGCAGGUCAUGCGCGGCCUCAAGAACGGGUUCAGGCGGCGGCGAGGCGCCGGCUUCCUGGACGAUGACGAGGAUGAGCUGGCGGGGCGGCGGCGGCGGGCGCGCGCAGGCGACGGCGAGGACAAGGAGGGCGGCGGCGCCGCGCUGCCCUGGCCCUCGCCCUUUGGUGCUGCCGCCGGCAGCGACGAGGAGGCGGAGGACGAGGAUCUGCUGCGCAAGGCCAAGCAGGGGAUGCUGCUGGCGGAGUCGCAAGGCAUGGAGCUGGAUGGCGGCGACGGCGGCGGCGGCGGCCUGGGCGGCGGCGGCGGCAUCCCGCUGGACGAGGGCAGCCAGGAGGUGCUGGGCCUGCUGGCACGCAGCUGCGCCUCGGAGCCGCAGCUGGGGGCCAGCGGCGGCAGCGGCCCGCUGCCGCGCUCGCGCUUUGCGCCGCCGGGCGCGCCCGCAGCCCUGGUCAGCCUGGGCUCCGACCCAACCAACAACCGGCUGCCAGGUGGCGGAGGCGGCGGCGGCGCCAGCAGCCUGUCGCGUGGGCCGUCGUUUGUGGGGCGCCAGCCCACCGUGCAGCGCGUGGCCAGCAGCAGCGGCAUGGGCGGCGGCGGCCGCUCCUAUGUGUUUGGGCGGGACGACAGCAACAGCGCCAUGCCGGCGGACAAGGGAGUCACUGCUGGGGAGGCUGGGUCUGGCGGCGAGGAGGCGGGGCCCACCAGCUUUGCCAACCUGCGCCAGCUGGCAGGCAUGCCGGCGCCGGGGCCGAAGCCCAGGAAGCGCGGCGGCGGCACGCUGGUCAGCCGGCUCAAGGCGCCGGCGCACCGCUCCGGCAAGGAGCCUGCGGGGUCGGGGCAGGCGUCGCAGGGUGCCAGCGCAGACGCCGCGGCCGCGGCGGUGGCAAUCCUGGCAGCCGGCGGCAGGGGAGCCAAGUGA